UUGUGGGGGGGUGGGGGGGGUGCUCAGUUGGAGACCAGAUGGAAACCCAACCUCUAAGCUGCGCUGCGGAGAUUUCACACCCGGAGGAGAGUCUGUUGGGACAGCGGCCAUUCAGUCCUGAGGGUCGGAUGCUGUCGCCAGACCUGGAACUAGCCAAGCAACCAAUGGAACGUGCUGUCUCGUGCCCAGACCCUGCCAAUGUCAGGCAGAGGAUUUCACUGGUGACCUCGCCGCUCAGAGCAGCGUUCCGCAUCCGUCGCAAAUACAACGUCCUGAAACAGAAGCGGCUCUUGCUGGAGAAGAGCGAGCACACGGCUCCUCAGUCUCUGGGUCUCUCCCGGUUCCACUCCAGAGAGCCCUUGGACGUCUUCACCUUUGACGGGGCGCCCAAGGGAACGCUCAGGAAGCGCAGGCUGAAGAGGGGGAAAUGUAAAGUGCUGUAUCCCAACGGAUCGAAGAGGUACCUGCCCGAGGAGAAGCAGAGCAAAGCCAAGAACUGCCUCUUCCUGCUGAGUAUCAUUGUGUGCUUCCAGAUCUACAACGCCAUUGAGAACCUGGAUGACAAUGUGCUGAAGUACGACCUCGAGGGACUGGAGAAGACACUCAGGAGGGAGGUCUUUGGACAGACUGCAGCCAUCGAACAUCUCAUGGACUUGCUGGAGGACUAUCUGGCCACUCACAACCACAACAAGCCCCUAGUCCUGUCCCUCAACGGCCCGAGUGGUGUUGGGAAGAGCCACGUUGGGCGCUUGCUGGCCAAACACUUCCGCUCGGUCAUGAAUGAGAAACACGUGCUCCAGUAUUUCGUGCUGCACCAGUGCCCGGAAGAGGUGGAGACCAGGAGCUGCGAGCAGGAACUAGCCAAGAGUGUGUCCAACUUGGUCAACAGGGCGGAGGAGGAGGAGAAUCCGGUGUUCAUCUUCGACGAGAUGGAGCACAUGCGGCCAGCCCUGCUGGACUUCCUGGGGACCUAUUUCCGGACCAACCAAACCAACGAGUUCCUCAACGCCGUCUAUGUGUUGAUCAGCAGUGUGGGCCAGGCGGAGGUCACCAAGUUCGUGCUGCAGAACGCCUCCAGCGACGCGCUGUAUCACGCCAACACAGCCCAGGAGCUGCUGCUCCUCAUGAGGUGGGCGCUGACCGAACACCACCCUCUCUGGAAGCAUGCAGACAUCGUGCCCUUCACCCUGCUCGAGAAGAGCCACAUCGUCAACUGCUUCUUGGAGGAGAUGAUGAGAGAGGGCUUCUACCCCGACACUGGAUACCUGGAGGAGUUGGCCAGGGAGCUGAACUAUUACUCUGUGGCGGGCAGGCAGUACUCUGUGCACGGCUGCAAGCAGGUGGUUUCUAUGGUCAACCUGUUGCACUGAUGGCUCUUGUGGACGAUUUCCUGGAGUCAACAAGAUGACGCGGAGGCUGGAUUGGGGUUGGGGUUGGGUCACCAGCAGUGCCUACCUAUUAAUGUAACUCGCUAACCCAACACUUCAGGCUCCAGGAUCCAGGCAGGUCAUUUGAGGCAGGGGUCACCCGGCCCAGUCAGACCUUCUUGUUUGGAUGAGCUGUCUUGGCGUUGAAGAGACUUUUCGGACAAGUGUUUUUUUUGAAAGAUCGCAGAAGUGCACCAUCCCAAGGAGUUGGUUUAACCAGACCUGUUCGAAGGGACGCCGCCUUAAACCGGAUCCGUUCACUCAAAACCAUCUAGGAGUAGAAUUUUUCGGUGUCUGUAGCGUGUUUACGUGUGUGUGUGUGUGUCCAAGGGAAGAUGAAGAUGUGAUGCAUAUUUUAUUGCGCUUGUAUUUUGCUGGCGAGAUUCCUUGUCCAUUUCAGAGGCACCAGUCCCCCACUCUCCCCGCUCCUCUCCUCGCCCCUCAAAAAAAUUGCACCUAGUCUUAGCCUACAAAGAACGUCUCAUCUUAAAACUGAAGGAGUCUGCAAAAUCAUUCCAUUUGGUCACUGUUGAUAUGCAGCUAAAUUCCUUUUGGGGGAAAAAAAUUGAGGGUCCGGGUUGAGACCAAACUGAAGACAAUCAUAGGGCAACAAUGGGUUUACAGACUAAUUUCCUGCCUCAAUCUGGUCAUUGCUUGGAAGAAAAGGGAGAAUGAAAAGCUCUGCGCAGACCGGGAUUCCUAGCCCAAGCCUCAAUACUCCCAGUAAGAGCAUCCAUUAAUUACUGACCUGCGAUGUUGGGAUUCAGUGUCAAAAAGGCCUUAAACAUUCUUGUCGUCUUAAACCGUAACAUGCUGCUGAAUUUUGGAAAUUUCUUAAUUCAGAAGCCCAUUCUCCAUAGAUCAGCCUUCAAACUCAGACUGACUCGACUCGGUUUGUUAGGUCCGUGCGUCAUACCUUCCUGCUGUUGAUAAGGCAUCGCGCUUCAGGGUCACGGAGUUUACAAAUCACGAGAUUUAAGAUGGUCGCAAAAUCCGGAAUCAUGAAAUCUAAGGCAAUGCCGAAUUUAGGAUCACGGAAUUUAAGGUUACGAAAUAUCGCAUCGUGGCAUUUAAAACUGCGCCGAAUUUUGUAAGUUCCUCAAAUCCUGCCUAAAUUCAGAAGCUGGCGUCCGUGCAGCAAACAAAACACGACCUCCGAACUAGGUCCGAGUUUAAGAAUUGUCCUUUUAUUUACUCUGUUUGUCUCUGAAAGUGCUGCAGUGGAUUUGGUCAUCUCUGUGAGUUCCACCCAGUCAUCACCACUUCUGGUGAUUAGGCAUCUGGCUUCCAGGAAUGUAACCAGUCAGAACAAGCAUAUGUACGAUAGCGAAAGAGUGAGCGGUAUUACUGACCGCACACUCUGACACUGCAGCUAUUUUAAUAAAACUAAAUUACUAAAAUGUGAGGUUCACAGCUCAUAGAGUAGUUACAAGGAAUGCAGAUUCAAUAUUGAUUUUAUGCGCCCUUCACACAUUUCACGUCAGAAACUCCCUUCCAAUGUUCCAAGCCCCUCGUUGCUCUACAGGAAUCCUGUAGCAUAGUUAGAACACUGUUAGUAAUCCUUUUUUUAAAAAA